CGCAUUAAUGCCAGUGAUGUCACCCCUAUAUCAUAACACAACAUAAAACGGAUAUUGCAGAAAGGACUCAAAGGAAAAUUAAUUUUGGAUACGUUUUGGUUUGUUCAGUGUCCGAGUGAAGUCUAUACGCCGAGCUGAAAUAAACGGCUCGACUCCAAAUCUAAAUAUAAAAUUUACAUGAACCAUGAACUGAGUUUGUGAGCGCGUUCUACACUGACGGACAACAGAAAAUCAUGUUAAGUUUUCUUGGAUUUCGUAAAGACUCAAAAAAGUCAACAUCCGACAAGGAAGUCGAUGGAGGAUUUGUCAUCGUAGGAGAGACACCAGAGGACCGCAGUCGGAAGACGCCGUCCAUGAACGUUGGACAGCUGUAUACGAACGUUGUUGUGCAGCCAUCAAAGCCGUCCUAUCCAGCUCCACCUCCACCUGCUGCUGAAGCGCUCCCUACACCUCUAUUUCCCCUGGGGACAUCAGAGGGCCCCCCAGCGGUGGAAGCUGCCUCCGCCCUCCCAGAUCUCCUUGGAGACAUCCCCUUCACUUUGGCUCCUCACGUCUUGGCCAUGCAGGCGGGGUGCCCUCUGGUUCCUGACGUGCUGCUGUCCCGUGACAUUAACUACAACCUGGCUAGUUUUCAGUAUGACUUCACUUUAGAAAACUCUGUGCUUCAUAACGGCUAGUUUUUUAUUUCACCGUUACCAUGACGUCACACUGCAGGGAGCUAGAGUCAGCAUCUACACCCACAUGAUUGAAAGAUCCACUGAACAAAAACCAGAUGAACAAAUCUAACCUCGUUCAGCUGAUAUGUUUUCAGCUUAAAACCAGAACCAUAAUACUGAUGAGCUUACAGACAUUUAUUCCUGUUUUCUGGUUUUCAGUAUAAAACAGAAUACCUGUGAAUUUCUCACCUUCAUUACAAACACAGAACACCUGUCAUGAUUUCUUAAGACGUUAUGAUCAUCAUGGACAUUAUUUCAGUCGUUUAAAGGCUUUCAAGUCAACCUUUGAUACAAGAUACUAAAGUCAGACAGGGAGACAAACAGGGUGGUAUCUACAGACAACCUGCCACCAACAACUAAAAUCUGAAUCUAACAUGUUGGUCUGAUGUGACCAGUUAAUAUUUGGACUGAUAAUUUUAGUUUGUUCCAUUCAAAUAAGUUACUGACCUGGUGGUUUGUUACCGGUCUGCGACGACUCCCACAUUAACCUCCCUCUUUAUUGUUUAAAAGUCCAAAUGUCAUUAGUUAACAUUUAUACAGCCGCCAUGAAACAGCUGGUCAGAACAUGAAGGAGCUUCAGCGCUUGUUUCAUCCACCUUUAACAGUCGUAGACUCACCAGCAGACGCGUCAUGAUCCAGCUCAGGUUCACUUCUGAUUUCAUAAAUCCCACCUACAAUCGAUGAGCUUCACCAUCGCAGGUCAAGAAAAGUCUUUUCUUUACGUAUUGUCUUCUUUUGUGCAACAAUAUCCAGAUGUUCUCUAAACGCCUCAAACACACACAAUAAAUUCAAUCUUACAGAUAAAUUGUACAAUUGUUUUUUUUUUAGACGUAACUACUAUGAAUCAGGACAAACUUAAUAAAAAUCCAGAUUUUUCAGCAGUGUGAUGAUAAUCUGAAACAAGUCCACCAUCCAACAUGUUCAAACCUGGCUCCACAGUUUUCCUUUAGGGGGGUCAGAGGGAAACACCCACCAAGUCUGGAGGAGAACACACCCAUUAUCGUUUACUUUUACACAAGUUCUCUUAUUCAUUCAUUGGAUAUGUUGCUAAAAUACCGAAUCGUGAUGAAGUCACUUAAAAUGUUUUUCUGAAUUAAUGAGAUCAGAAGAAACACCUGUUUUACCUGCAUGUACCAGGUGUAUUUUAAAGGAAAAACAUGUUCCAGUUUUUAAUUAAUCAGAUAGUUUUACACAACAAACCAAUUAUGUUACAUUUUUACAUUUAUGAUCUAAUUUUCAAAUCAAUGUUUUUAUCACUUUAUAAAAUAAAUAAUCUAAAGUAAUUUUCUUUUUUCUGAAAAAUUCGGUAAUUUUACAAAAAAAUCUUGUUUUUUUUCUGGAUUUUUUAUUAUUUUUUUUACAACAAAAUCAGUUACUUUAACUUUUUUAUUUCUCGUUUAUAAUCAGAAUUAAUGUAAUUUCACAAAAUAAGCUGAGUCUGUAAAUUAAAAAAAUUUAUAAGAAAAGUUUCAAAAAUGUAAUUUUAUCUUCAUUUUCUUAAUGAAUGAGACCAUUUUACACAAUUCAUGAGAAUUUCUUUCAAAUAAGUCCUUUUCUGUGUGUUUUUUAAUGAAUUCUCUUAUGAAUUAAUUUUACAAAAACAUUUUUGUUUUUUCUUAACUUCUAAAAUAAUUUACCAAGUAAAACCAAAAAUCUGUUCUUUUAAAAAAAAGUAUGAUAUCAAAACAAUUUUCUUCUCUCCUUUUUAUUGACUUAUUCAUGAGUUUUCUCACUUUCUGGAAGUGAAAAUAGAAAAAAGCUGGUGUCAUUCAGCAUCUUAAACGACGAUGGUUCGGCUACAUUUGAGUUCAGCUCAGCUGUGCACAAAGAAACAAUCACUGGUCCAGUUGCUGCAGAACCAGAACCUGAAGUCCCCGGAUCUCAUAUUCUGCCACUUUUCAAACAUUAUUUAUUCACAUUUUGAAAUGUGACAAUGAAGAACGAAGCGGGCUUGGCUUUCUCAGCAUGAACUCUUUACCACCUUUUAUUCUGAAGGAUCUGGACUCCUACAAAUUAGCUGUAGUGAAAAAUGAGGGUUCUGAUUUAGCGGUGCAGAACCAGCAGCCUCUUGUACCGCAGAUACCUCCUACUUAUCACGGUGGAUGUUCUUGCUCAUAAUUAUCACAUUAAUUCAGAAAAACAAAGUUUUAUUUUUCAAAUUUCUUAGAAGUGAAUCUGGUACACGUCUGUACAACAAGGAUGUUUAAUCCCAGCAAAUGAAGAAGUUUCCUCCUGAAUCUGGCCGCCUUUUUUUACCCAGCAUGUUUGUUUUGGUUUGUUGUUUGCUGUUUGUCUUUAGAUGUGUUUAUUCUUGUUCAGGACACAUGUUCCUCCACAUGAUGCAAUCAGAUUUAUUCCUUUGCUUGAUGGUCAAAACGUGUGGCUGUGAUUUAUCCAACUAGGAAUAUUUGCACCUUCUAUGUAGUUUUUUGUGAUUAUUAUCUGUUGAUGUUAAUUAAUUUGGUAGGAAGUUUAUAAAACUUCCACAGCAUUUUUUUUUUUGUUAAAUUUGAAGCCAUUUUAUCCUGAGUUUCGCAUUCUUUUCUUCAUUGAUGUUAAAGAUUAGGGCAAAAAAAAUGUAAAUAGAGCCAAAUUAGUGUAACAUUAAGAGCAACCAAGGAACAUGUACAUCCUCAACCUGUUAUUUAAAUGGACAUCAUGCUGGAUUUACUAAGAGCUGUCAUAGUUCAGAUAAAUCCAAAUGAUUAGUUUCUUCUGGUUCCUUUUUUAAUCUUUAUUAUUUUCAUUUUAAAUUUUAAGGUUGAACAUUGUAAAUAUAAAAUUUUAUCAUCAGCAAAGAAGUUCAGCUGUGACAAAACCAGAAUUUGUACAGUCAUGUACAGUAUUUCCUGUAAAUUUACCAGAAAAGAUUUGUAUCACUGAUGGCUUGUAUGUGAUCAGAUUUGGACUCCACUGCCAGCCGUGCCUUUAACAUGCUGAAGACUCAUUAAAUCCUUCUUCCUCA